AUAGUGCUCAUAAGAUCGGUGAUUGUGUGAACGUAUUAACCCUCAAAUUAAACACUCGAUCUAAUAACGAAAGGAUUAAGAUACGCCAGUAAUUGUUUGGAGUGCGUUUAAAGCAAAGUUCGCAUACAUUCUACUGUGGUUCAUUCCCUUGCGCCAGCUAGAGACCAACACAGUUGGUACACUGUUCGUUGGCAAUAAUAACCAUUCGGCACACUUACGGGGAUAGCAUUAAUUGCAAAAGAUCACAGUAUUCACCACCACUGUGUCUUGGUUUAUCUGAUUUCCAACUAGCAGAGCACGUGGGUUUGUUUUAUGACCGGUUACGCUCGUACCGCAUCUUACACCAAACGACGCUGUGAAGUAGGGGUUAUUGUUUGCACCUGCAAAUGUAUGAGCACGAUGCAUUAUCAUUGCAGAAAACAGCAGUAUGCACUUUUCGCUCCGUUAAGUGUGUCCAUCUCUUAUUGCUACUAAUAAUAUUUGCUCAUUAUAGCACAGUUAGCUAAAAUUAUGGCUUACGUACGCGUUAGAAGAUUUGCAAUUUAAUAUUUCAAUUUACAAUAUUAUUCGAAAAUAGUCACAUUAUAGGCUAAGUAAAAAAGUGCAUGCUACAAGUAACAGUAAGAGAAAAAACACAUUGUCAUGAAGCAGUUUGUCCAUUUUUUUUUUAAAUCAUAUUACUACUUCUUCUCCAUCCUUAUUGGUCCACCCAGCACUGGUGUUGAGGGGCAUCGGUUUGGUUACUCGAAACCGGAUCAAAGACGCUGGUCCAAGGCACACCAAAGCUGCGCAGGCACCCAUCAGUCUCCGAUAGCGAUCAGUAGUCAUCGGGCAGUACCAUUGUACAUGCCAGCGAUCGAACUGGUCGGUUACAACAAUCUGCUCCCGGGACCGAUGACUAUACACAACAAUGGCCAUUCCGUGUCCCUCACGAUUCCGAAAACGGACCCAGCCACCGGCAAGCAUCCGUACAUCUUUGGUGGCAAACUGCAGAACGAAUACGAGCUGGAGGGCUUACACUUUCACUGGGGCGAUAAAAACAACCGUGGCGCGGAGCACGUACUCAACGAUAUCAGGUAUCCGCUCGAGAUGCACAUUAUUCAUCGCAACAAAAAGUACAAAACCGUCGGUGAAGCGCUCGGUUACACCGAUGGUCUUACGGUGUUGGGCUUUUUCUACCAGGUCACCGAACAGGAUGCGCCCGGUAUCAACACACUGGUACGAUCGUUUGGUCACAUCGUCGACUACGACAAUACGCUCCAGCUGAACCACACGUUCACGCUGCAGUCGCUCAUCGACGGGAUCGAUAUGACACGUUUCUAUACGUACAAGGGUUCGCUAACGACACCACCAUGCUCCGAGGCCGUCACGUGGGUCGUCUUUCCCGAUCUUCUCGAGCUUUCGGUUCAUCAGAUGAAACGGUUUCGUACGCUGGAUACUGGCAUUCACGGAUCGCCAAUGGUUGAUAACUAUCGUGCAUUGCAACCGAUCGGCAAUCGGCGUGUGUUCGUGCGCAAGGUGAACUCCCGCUAUACGGGGCUGGAAGUGUUCGAAGGAAUGCAUCACAGCAAAUGGGACUGGGUGCAGUAGACGGCUUAGGGAGUGCACCUCAUGAGCUUAGGGAUGACGAUGGUUUGUUUCGCCCAAAAUGUUCGACCAAUCCAAUAACAUGUGCCAUCGUUCCGGGGAGUGGUUGAGAGGUAACGCAAAUAAAAACAAGUGCUAAAAUAUUGUAUUAUAAAUUAA